AUGAAGUUACCCACCAUUUUGACUAUCCUGCUCAUCUUGGGUGUUGUUAACGGUGAUGCCCACCUGGCUGGUACGGGGAAGAUCAAGUCCAACAUCAUGAUGGAUAUGCAGGCCGAUAAUGGCGGUCAUGUGUCCGAAUUUGACCUCAAACAAAUCUUGCCUAACAACCUUGACGAUCUCUGUGAGAUGUGCAGAGUGUGCGAGAAAGUUGACUUUAUUCUGCCCUUCUGCUGGCCUCUAGUAUAUGCGUGCAACAAGGCUUGCUAG